GCGGCGCCGCUCGCACGUGGAACCGCUGCCAUGGCGGCCGUGCGGGUGGAGGCGGUGCUGGCGGCCGCCGAGGAGCAGGAGGCGGAGAAGCGGCGGAGCAUCACGGUGGAAAAGGAGCUGGAGCUGGAGUACGACCUGGGCAAUUUGUUGGCCGUGGACCGCAACCCCCCUCCGGCGGCGGCGCUGCACGGGGCCGGCCCGCGGCGGGAGGCGCUGCUGCGGGCGCUGGCCCGCGACAACACGCAGCUGCUCGUGUCCCGGCUCUGGGAGCUGCCGGCCGAGCGCGCCGGCGGCGCCGGGGGCCCGCUGGUGGCGCAGCUGCCCGAGCCCACGUUCCGCCUGCCGCGGGAGAAGCCGGCGCCGAAGCCGCGGCCGCCGACGCGCUGGGAGCAGUUCGCGCGGCUGAAGGGCAUCCGCCGCAAGAAGAAAACCUCGCUGGUGUGGGACGAGCAGGCCAAGGAGUGGCGGCGGCGCUGGGGCUACAAGCGGGCGGGCGGAGACCCGUCCCGCGCCUGGCUGGCGGAGGUGCCGGCGGGCGCCGACCCCGAGGAGGACCAGUUCGCCCGGCUGCGGCGGGAGAAGCGGGAGCGGGUGGCUCGGAACGAGCUGAACCGGCUGCGCAACCUGGCCCGAGCCCACCGCGCCGGCAGCGCCGUGCCCGCCGCGCCCCUGCACCCCACCGGGCACCAGGACCGCGACGAGCUGCGGCGGGUGGCCCAGGUGGCCCGCGUCUCCACCGCCUCGCUCGGCCGCUUCCAGCCGCGCCUGCCCAAGGAGCCCGCGGAGCCGCCGUCCCGCAGCGGCGGCAAGAAGCGCCGCUUCCAGCCGCUGCUGGGCAACCUGGCGGCCGAGCGCAGCCGGCAGCUGGAGCUGCUGCGGGACAUGGGCAGCAAGAAGCCGGUGCUCGACAUCACCCGCGCCGUCAACAAGCAGCUGCGGCAGGAGGAAGCCGAGGCGGCCGCUGCCAACAAGGGCAAGAAGCAGUCGCAGCGCGGCAAACGCGGCCGGCGGCAGCAGCGGCCCGGGCGCAGCGGCAAGAAGAGCGGGGCCCGGCGGCAGCCGCAGCAGCAGAAGCCUGCGGGCGGGGGCAGCGGCGGGGGCAGGAGGAAGAAGGCGUGAGGGACAGUGUGCGGCACGGGCUGGGGAUGCCCACCGAGGCGUGGGAAGGGACUGUCGCUGCCAGCCUCCUGCCCGGUGCUCUGUUCACACACGUAUCUGUCAAUAAAUGCGUUCUGACAUUUCUAAAACAUCCCGCGUUUGGCUCUUAGCUGGUAGAGAAGGAGGGCUGUGUUCUCCAUCCAAGGGAAAUUGGUAUCCUGUGAAGGGAGAAGGGUGCCCCGGUUCUCCCCAGGCUGGGGCUGUCACAGUGACUUGUUUCACAGGUAAUGUUGCUUCACAAUUGCAGCAUUUCUGCCAGGACAAAAGCUGAGCAAAGCUGUUUUCAGGCAGCUGGGACGGGACCGCAGAUGUGACCUGGAGUUCUGAUGAG